AUGCGCUACAAGUUCAACUUCAUUGCAGAUGUGGCGAAUACGAUCGUCCCAGCUGUGGUGCAUUUUUGGAGCUUUUCCAAAAUGCCGUUUUCCAGUGAGGAGGUCUCCGUGUCAAGUGGCUCUGGGUUUAUAGUGUCAGAGGACGGCUGGAUCGUCACAAGUGCUCACGUAUUCAACAACAAGCGCCGGAUAAAAGUAGAGCUGGAAAGUGAUUCGCGGUACGACGCUACAGUCAAGGAUGUGGACCAGAAGAUGGACAUUGCACUCAUCAAAACUGAAACAGAAUAUGGUAACUCUGGUGGGCCGCUUGUCAACUUGGCCGGAGACGUAAUAGGCAUAAAUGCUCUGAAAGUGGCAGCAGGAAUCCCUUUUGCCAUCCCCAUGGACAGAAUACGCCACUUCCUUGCUGAUUCCUACAACAGACAAGUCAACGGUGAGCAGGAUCUAAUGCUGGUGUUGUGGAUAUAUUUGAUCCAGGAUCUCAAGGAGUGUGAGGGUGGAUUUCCAGAUGUGAGCUCAGGUGUUUACAUUUAUGAGUCCGACACCGCCUCCCGUGACAUUGAAGCCUGA